GGGCCAGCAUUAGUACUUCCGGUUUGGCUUCGGCCGCCCCUCAACUCCUCUCCUUCCCCCCCCUCCGCCUCCUCGUCUCCCUCCCGCUCCUGGGAAAGCGAAUCCGUCGCUUUAAGGGUGGCUGAGAGAAGCACUCGGCGUCUCGGGGAGGAGACCGCGCCCGCCCCCUUGGAACCACGGAGCGUGGCCGAUACAGGUUACAAAAUGUCCUCCUAUGCUUGAGACCUACAGACUACAUGUUCUUCAAGAACUAAUCAGUGGUUUUUCAUCUCCCGGAAGUACACUAGAAACAUAAAUAUGGUGCCAAAACUCAUUCUCAUCCUCUGACUGCAGUUGAUUUGGACAUACUUCUGUUUUGAAGAGAAGUAUACACACUGAGGUCACUCAUCGUUCAGAGCCUGUGGUGUAGGAUCAUGGACCAUUCUACCAGGGAGAAAGAUGAUAGACAACGGACAACUAAAACCAUGGCACAAAGGAAUACACACUGUUCCAGACCAUCUGGCACCUCAGCAUCCUCUGGGGUUCUCAUGGUGGGACCCAACUUCAGGGUUGGCAAGAAGAUAGGGUGUGGGAACUUCGGAGAACUCAGACUAGGUAAAAAUCUCUACACCAAUGAAUAUGUAGCCAUUAAACUGGAACCAAUAAAAUCACGUGCUCCACAGCUUCAUUUAGAGUACAGGUUUUAUAAACAGCUUGGCAGUGCAGGUGAAGGCCUCCCACAGGUAUAUUACUUUGGACCAUGUGGGAAAUACAAUGCCAUGGUGCUGGAGCUCCUUGGCCCUAGCUUGGAGGACUUAUUUGACCUCUGUGAUCGAACAUUUACUUUGAAGACGGUGUUAAUGAUAGCCAUCCAGUUGCUUUCUCGAAUGGAGUAUGUACACUCAAAGAAUCUCAUUUACCGAGAUGUCAAACCAGAGAACUUCUUGAUUGGCCGACAAGGCAAUAAGAAAGAGCAUGUGAUACACAUAAUAGAUUUUGGACUGGCCAAGGAAUACAUUGAUCCUGAAACCAAAAAGCACAUACCUUACAGAGAGCACAAGAGCUUAACUGGAACUGCGCGGUACAUGUCUAUCAACACUCAUCUGGGCAAAGAGCAAAGUCGGCGAGAUGAUUUGGAAGCUCUAGGCCAUAUGUUCAUGUACUUCCUCCGCGGCAGCCUGCCCUGGCAAGGACUCAAGGCUGAUACAUUAAAAGAGAGAUAUCAAAAAAUUGGUGAUACCAAAAGGAAUACUCCUAUCGAGGCUCUCUGUGAGAACUUCCCAGAGGAGAUGGCAACCUACCUUCGAUAUGUCAGGCGAUUGGACUUCUUUGAAAAACCUGAUUAUGAGUAUUUACGAACCCUCUUCACGGAUCUGUUUGAACGGAAAGGCUACACCUUUGACUAUGCCUAUGAUUGGGUUGGAAGGCCUAUUCCUACUCCAGUAGGAUCAGUUCAUGUAGAUUCUGGUGCAUCUGCAAUAACUCGAGAAAGCCACACACACAGGGAUCGGCCAUCACAACAACAGCCUCUUCGAAAUCAGACUGCAUCAUCAGAGCGCCGAGGAGAGUGGGAAAUCCAGCCCAGCCGGCAGACCAAUACCUCAUUCCUGACGUCUCACUUGGCCGCAGACCGCCAUGGGGGUUCAGUACAGGUGGUCAGCUCAACCAACGGAGAGCUGAAUGUUGAUGAUCCAACCGGAGCUCACUCAAAUGCACCAAUCACGGCUCAUGCUGAGGUGGAGGUAGUGGAGGAAGCUAACUGCCUGAAAAUGCUCAACCUGUGGUGCUGCUGUUUCUUUAAGAGGAAAAGGAAGAAGACUGCUCAGCGACACAAGUGACCAGUGCCUCCCAGGAGUCCUCAAGUCCUGAGGACUCUGGCUCCAAUUGCACCUGCAGUUCCUGCCAUUUCUCAUUGGAAGGGACUCCUCUGUGGGGGAGGGUGGAGAUCCAAACCAAAAAGAAGAAAACAGAUGCCCCCAGAAGGAGCCAGUGCAGGCAGCCAGGGCCCAGUGGGCCAGUGGCAAUCCCCUCUGUUUGAGCUCUGAGCGGGUCCAGAGCUGCUGCUUCUCCACUGCUUGCCCUUGGGCUAUCUGGUUGACUCUCUUCCCAUUGUUUACAGUGAAGGUGUCAUUCACAAAAACUCAAGGACUACUAUUCUCUUCCCUCCUCUUCCUUUACUGGUUCUUACACCACCCUCAACCCUCUCCAGCAUAAAAACUACUAAGCUAAAGGCUCUGUCAAGAAGCUGGUGGUGUGGCCAAGAAGGUAGGAGGAAGAUGACAGACCUGGGCUGGAGGACUUCUCCAUUUCCCAGGUGUGUCUAGUGGUAUGGCUUCUUCUCCCUCUAUGCCUGGGUGACCCCCAGCCCAGCUGGCCACAGGGUUCAGGUUCCUCCCUCCUUCCCUCCCUCCUGUGAAGUUACACUGUAGGACACAAGCUGUGAGAAAUCUGCAGUCUACUGUCCCUGUGUGUUGGCGUUCUUAGCUUUUUUGAUAAGCAAAUCCCUUGCUCCGGCUGUAGCAAAACAUGCCUGUGGUUCUGAGCAAAGGAAAGGAAACUGACUUUAUUGCACUUUUAGUUUGGGGGGGGUUGUUUUGUUUUUUAAACAACAUGGCAGAUGCAUAUUGUGUCUGGUUAUAUUGGGGGGGUGCUUUUUUCUGUUUCAAGGGGGAUGGGCCAGCCAAGCCAUUCAGAGAAAAUAUGGGUCCAGAGGACAUUCUUGAUGGGAAGAGUCUGAUUUGCAGCACUCGGAAGAGAAGAAGCCAAACUCUGUGUCAUCCUGAGUGAAUUCUCAGGUUGGCAAGAAAACAUACUUGAAUUUUCAUUCAUCUUCUCCGCUGCAGAGAAAAGUCUCCACCAGAGCCCCUUGACCUAAUCAGCCUAGAGCUUGAAAGCCCAGCUCCUGAGCACUUGGGAUGAGCACCGAGCCAGACUGUGACCAACCAGAAGGCACCUCAUCUCACAGAGGAGAUACUUAACAACAACAAAGCAAAAUUUCUGUUUCCUCCACUGCCAGGGACUUCCUACUAGAUAGCCAUGCAACUUUCUGUUGACUUGGGGGACAAAAUUAGUGACUAAACAGCCACCACCAUAUUGCCAGUAGCGGACAAAAGGGGAUGACCAACCUGCUUUCCAACUGCCAGAGAAGCCUCAGGAUGCAGCAUCCUAAGGCCAGGAAAAGAAAACCAGUGUCUCAUGUCUGCCUCAAGACUGAGUUAGAGCAUCUAGGCUGGUCUGCCUUGGAAACCAAGCCUGUGGUGAUCUUGAAGCAGGUCCAUAGCAGCAGGCUUAGAACUUGAUACAUGGGGCUGCAGUAAGCAGGGAAGGUAAGAUUGGUUGGUGCUGGGAAAUUCCAGGGAAAAGGAAACUGCAAUGAAAGGUCUAAAAUUCGAUCUUAAUAAUUGAACAGAGACUCUUUCCAGAUAAUAUGACCAUAUAUUAGCAUGUUUUCCCCAGUACACUCUCUACCGCCACCAAGGUGUCUUCACUGGACAUACCACCAUGAAGCAUCACCGGUUGCAUAGCUAACAGUGUGGGGGCUGCUCCUCUCAUGUUCUGUUUCCAUUUUAGUAGUUAACAGUGUGGGGCUACUCUUCUCAUGUUCUGUUUCCAUUUUAGUAGCAUUUCCAAACAGUCACUUCUUACCCUAGUUGUGGCAAGGAUUAUUCAUGUGUGCAAAGAGGUCUUGUAUCUGGGUAUAAAGACCUACCCACAGAGAGCAGCAGCUAGUGACUUAGUGCAGCGCAGAACUCUGCUUGUAUAUGUAGAGGGCUGGAGGACUCUUUGUGAUCAGAAGUAGUAUCAAAUGAAGCAGAGUUUAUGCUCCUUGCCUGUUCGGUUGGACCUUGGCUAGGGAAUCUCUCUUCACUGGCUUCAAAGCUGUUCAGAAUUUGUAAAGAUUGCCAUUUCUUUACAAGGAAGGUUUUUGUCCGUGAAACAGAGUAGCAGGGAGAAAUCAGGUCAAACCCCUUCCCCAUAAGGAAUUUGAGUGUAAGGAUUUGCUUCCUUUUUAUUAUGUAGUAGUUAAAGCUCAUUGUUGAAAUUUACAUAGUCCCUCGUUUGUCAUGUGGGCAACCUGACUUUCCCCUACAGAAACUUAAAAAUCCUCAUCCCAGGAAAUGGUGGCAAGGCCUAGAGCAUCCUGGCACUCUCUGUCCCACUAAGUGCCUCCCCAACCCUGCUUCCACAAUAAAGCAAAGGCAGUGACCAGCUUGGCUGCAGGGGAUAGUGCCCUAUAGCUGGGUCUAAGACUUCUUUUUGUCUUAAAAUAUUUUUAUAGGCUAGCUCUUGAGGGGUUGAACCUGAGUGGUUUGUGGGAGUGGGGAAGGGUCCUUCCUAAUGCACUGUUGGCACCUUCCAGCCUCCACAAAUCCCUUACUAGAUAUUUGGGUUUUGUAGCAAAGGUCCCUUUAACAUGUAGGGAGGUGGUGAUCCUUUCAAGGCCAUUGAUACUCCAAGGUGGUCCCAAAGCUGAGCAAUUCUCUUAUGAUCUUCCUUAAAAUUAAAUAUACUAAAUUCCCCAGAAACAACCUGCUCAUCUGUUCCGGUCCCACCAGCACAUCAGGCUUCAUACACAUCCCAGUUUCUGUCAGUUAUCUGGCUGCAAGCUCAGCCAUAUCCCAGAGCACAGGCACUCCCUCCAUCUGUCCUCAUCUCAACUGUUGGGAGUUUCCUUAAGCUUUGCUGUCCUUGAGGCAUUGCAGCCUGAGCAGACUUGGGUGCAAGCAGGCCAGGGGUUACACCAAGGUGUAAAGUGUCCAGUUAUACAAGUGGGUUUUCAGAGUUCGCACUCAUGACUGCCUUAAUUAACAUUCUUCUAUUUUGGGUCUGUCUAGGAGCAAACAGGGUCUGUGAAGGUAUGUGUAAAUCAGGUGACUAGGUAAGUCUCCAGUUAAAAUUCUCAUCUCAAUUAGAACAAAUACAGAGACAGCAAGGAUUCUAAGGUUUCUGAAAAUGUUAGUUUCUUUUUCAAUUUUAGUGAAUAACGUAGAACUCAAACAGCCCAUGUCCAUUAGCCAGAUGGUGUCCAUCUUCUCCUAUAAAGUGACUUCUAGUUUACUACACGGGAAAAGUAUGCUGUAGUGCUUAUUACGUGUUGAUGUCCAGUGUUAGCACCACUUGUAGUGCCAGAAGUUGAAGAGUGAUAAUGUUAUAUCAAAGUGGUUGUGCCGGGCGUUGGUGGUGCAUGCCUUUAAUCCCAGCACUCGGGAGGCAGAGGCAGGCGGAUGUCUGUGAGCUCGAGACCAGCCUGGACUACCAAGCGAGUUCCAGGACAGCCUCCAAAGCCACAGAGAAACCCUGUCUCGAAAAACCAAAAAAAAAGUGGUUGCUAAGGAUCAUAGCCUUAAUUUAAAAAAUAAUGUAAAAGAUAAUCCAUUCCCCUCCAUGUUGAACAAGCAUGGCUGCAUUUCUCAAGAAUGUUUUUCUCAGAAGCCUAGAAAACAUUUCCUCAAAGGAACUUGGUCUUCAUCUUCUAAUACAUCCCUCCCAAGCCCACAUGACUCCUGUGUCCCAGCCACCUCUUCCAUACUGAGACCAGUUUUCCAUUCCUGUUUUGUUGCCCUGGUAAUGCUUUGUCCAGUGUCAGUCAUGCCAGGGCUUGAGUUUUUAAGAGCAGGAGUUUGCAUGGUCAUACAACCAACAUUGCCUUUGCCAAGCCACUGCCACCAUCCCCUCCAUUGCCCCAAGUGGGCAGGUUGAUUCCAGAGACCCUCAGGGAGCCAGGAUAAUUAGUACCCAGAUGGAUUGGCCAUGUGGGUGACAAGCACUUAUCUCUGGGUUUCUUGAUUUUGCAGACUUCAAGGAAGUCCCAUGUAGAUGUUGAUGGCCAAUAACUCCAGCCUUCCCCAUGAUGGGUUGGUAGCAAUCAAAUAAGAAUUCCUUGUUUGUUGGGGGAAUUUGUUUUAAGGGGGUUAAUUUGUGAGUAUGAAAAAGGAGAGGCCACUAUGGUCCUUCUGUGAGCUUGUAGAGUUUUGAACAGUGUUUUCUUCACCAGUCUUGGGAGUCUGAUCCAAUAACCAGUUUUAAGGUGUUUGUCCUACUUCUUUUGCAGGUAACUGAGUAUAAACAAUAGAGUUCUUAUUGUAUCAAAAUAGUUAGUAGAUCCCUGGAUAUAGGCAAUAGUAGUUGACAAAUUUUCUCAAAAAAAAAAAAAAAAACCAGGAAGCCCACUCCAGUAUUUACACAUCAGCUUAUCAAGGAAAAAAGUGAACAUGCACUCCAUAUAUCUCUAGUUCAAUUACCAAACUUGAUGUUAUAAAGAAACCUCAGUUGUGUGGACAGGAUCUCUCUCUCUCUCUCUCUCUCUCUCUCUCUCUCUCUCUCUCUCUCUCUCUCUCUCUCUCUCUCUCUCUCUCUCUCUCUCUCCUCCUUCCCUUUCCAACCCCCUUUGCCCCACCAUCACAAUCACUUUUCUGGUGCCAUCACUACCUUUAAGGUCUCAGAGCAGAGGAUUAUCUGUGGUAAUAAGCCACAGUGCAUUGCAGUCAUCCCAGCAAUGCACAGACAACUGUCAUCCUGAUUAACCCAAACCCACCUUUCAGGGUGAGUGAAACAUUUUGGUACCCCUCUUUGGGAGCUCCAGACCAAAUCCCAGGGUAGCCCAUGCACCAAAGCCUUUUAGAAGGCUUAUAAUCUGUUAGGAAUGUCUCAGGAAACAUGAGCCAUUUCUUGGGGGAUACAUGUCUUUACUGAUGGAUAUGUACACUCAUCUGUGUGUGUUUUACUCUCAUAAGCAGCACAGGCUUCUGGGAAUUAAGUGUUCCUCGGUGUUCUCAGAGACGGUGUGACAAAUGAGCUGCUCAGAUCAGUGAGCAAACUGGCUCUGGGAAGGAGCCUUGUUUAUCAAGCAGAGAACAGCAGAAAAGAUGAAACCAAAAAUGCUAUACCCCACCAAUGGAAAGUAAUGUUGAUGCAGCAAUUCCCAUUGGAUAUAUUACACUCUCUAAUUUAUUAUUUGUGUUUUUUUAAGUUUUACCCAUUAUACUCUUUAAAAAAUAUUGGAAUGUUGGUUGCAAUUUUUUAAGUAGAUGAUGUAUAAAUCAGCUGUGGAGGUCAGUUUUAAUUCAUGUGUGGAUGUGUCUAGUUAUUGUUAAAUGCCUUUUUUCUACUUUUUUUUUAAAGAUACAUAAUGUUUCCUAAACCCUGGCACUGGUCAAAAAAAAAAAAAAACGCAGCUGUGAAAAAUGAAACUUGUAGUAUUUUUUAAAUGAAUGUCAAUUUCAAGUGUAUUUGAAAUGUUUCCUCCAAUAGAGAGAUUUGGACACCAUUGGGGAAAACUCCUCUGCAGAGGAAGUAGCCUUUGGAGAAAAUGGGAUGUGGGUCUGGAUAUGUUAUCUCAGAGUAGCCCAUUUCAUAGGGCACCAUGAACAAUACAAAUGUGAUCUUUAAGUAUACCUCUUCCCCAGUUUGGGGAGGAAAGGACUCAGUUUGCACCCUUUUUGUAUGUAAAAUAAAACGUCCUACCUUUCUUGGCUACAUUUA